AUGACAGGCGAACGGCUUAAACAUCCCAUCCCACCUACUAGUCUUCCUAUUGAAUAUCAUACACAACGUUUACGCGCUAUUCAGGAUUUUGAGCCAGAUAAUGCUUAUGACCGACUUGGGUGUGCUGUUGACGAUCGUUUCUUAUUGGUUCAUGAAGAUCCGAACUCGGAUUGGUUACUAGCCACUUCAUUGAAAUCUCGUCAUUCAGGUUACUUACCUAAAUCGUGCGUUGAGAAAGAAUAUCCUGAAAUUAUUGAACGUUUGGAUUUCUUUCAUCCUGAUACAACAUCACAUCCCAAAGAGCUGCUUAAAAAAGCUGGUGCAUUUAGUUACUUGUUAAGACCGUGUGAUUCACGUCCAGGCUUAUAUACAUUACUAUUGUACGAUGGUAUAAGAGUACGUAAAUGUCGACUUGAAUUGGUUGUUCAAUCAGAAUUAAUCUGUCGAGACAAUGUAACACCAACAACAGAUAAAAAUAAUCAAAAUACAAAUUCUGAUCGUAGAAACAGUGGACCUUCAGAUGUACACAUAGAAGAUACUGGUGAAGAAUCAUCUGCAAUUGAUAAUAGCGGAGAUAAUAAAUCAGAUGUGCAGAGGAGACGAUCAGAUGAAACAUUUUCAGGGUGUAAUAGAUUGGACAAUCAAGAUUCUUCAACAAAUGAUACUUCAACACUCAGUGUAAAUUUUCAGUUUCCUCUCUAUCGAACAACAACUAAAAUUAUGUACAGUGGAACAACUUUUCCUAGCGUAGAAGCUGUAGUCGCAGCGAUUGAAUCACAUCAUUCCGAACUUUGUCAUACUGAAGAAUCAAGUACUCUAAAUGUAGCUGAUACAGGAGAUUGUUUAAUGGAUACUGAUUCUGGUAACCAUUCGACGAAUGGCACAGUGUCAGGAAAUCAUCAUGUACAGUCGAAUGAAUUCCAUUCAACGGAUGGCUCAAAUAUACACACUAACUUGCCUGUUUUUAAACCUGUCAAUAGAGAGCGUAAACCUCAAAUACAUCCUCCAUCGUCUACAAUCUAUAUGGAUAUGUUUUAUGCACGUCAACCUCCAGCUUCUCAUCAAACACUGACUGAAAUCCAUGGGGAAUUAUCUGUCUGGUCACAACAAAGGAAAAAAUGGAAGUCAUAUUAUGCCCAGUUGGAUAGAAAGCAAAGUAUCUUAACGCUGGUUGAUGGUGAAAAACGCAAACCUGAAAGAUUUGAUCUCUCCAAGUGUGAUUUCUUUCCAAUUCACUAUACUGCGUAUGAGAAAGAUUUUUGUUUCGGUUUAAUUUUGUAUGGAGCAUCAGCAGGUGAUCGUGAAGACUUUGUUCUUUGUGUUGAAGCGCCAUGUCCUGGAAAUAAUAAUAGCAGUAAUUUCAACUCAAAUUAUAUGAAUCCGUCAACAACAGUAUCUAGUCGAUUGAAUUUCUUCAGUGGAUAUGAUCUAGAUGCAACAUCAUAUGCUGGUCGACCUGAAGAACCACCACAUAUUCAUCCAUUUCUAUUACGUUCAGGUUGUUGUCGGCAUUCAUGUGACUGGGCUGCUCGCUCAAACUUGAUUUCUGUAAGUAGUAAUAAUAGUAAUAACAACAACAAUAACAAUAAUAAUCCUAGUAGCAGUAGAUCGCCAUCGUCGUCAACAUCGAUCCCGACAACUUCUGCUACGAUUUCACACGACACCAGCUGUCAUGCAACCUGUAAUCUACCUCCAGCGACUUUAGAGACAGUUUAUCAACGUUGGAUUACAAGUUUAAAACGACACUGUCGUAAUACAAAGGCUGAUUCAGCCACAGAAGAUAAUGUCUCAUUAAGACAAACACACUUAAGGUGUUAUCGAAGUUUGGAAAUUAAGUUCAAUAAUGCCAGAUUAACUUCAUCUUCAUCAUCCUCAUCGUCUAAAUCACGUCGAGAUGAAUCAGUUUAUUCUGUUAAUUUAGAUGGUUUAGAAAUUGCACGUGCUUAUUCCGGUUCAUCAGUUGUUUCUGUCUUCUUGGAUGAGUUUCCUUUUGGAUUUAAGAAGGUUGAAGUCCUAAUGAAAGAGGAUAAACGUAAACGUUCGGUUGCCGUAGACUUAGAUCUUGUACAAUACAAUGUUGGUGCACGUCAACAGGGAAGCAAUUCCAAUUGUUCUGCAACAACUGAUCAUGAUAAACGACUUUCUGUCAUUCACUCUUCUUCAUCCUCAUUAUCUUCAUCUUCAGCAGUAUUGCAUUAUUCUAUUUGUGAUAAACAAGAACGUAGUAAUGGGCAGAUAACUGUUAUUCAUAGAGAAUUACAUGUUAUACCAUUUCAAUUUUAUGAAGGUUUUCGUCAGACAAUACUGAAUUGUUUGCAUUCAGAAUUAGUACCUUUGUGUAUACAUGUUUGGAGUGCUUUAGCGCUUGAUGUAAGAAAAGCGAAUUUUGUCUCCAGCCUUCUUUUAACUACAAUUGAAUUGAAUUGCCAUUUGGAAUUAAUUGUCAAUUUAUUACGUAUUGAUGUAAAUAAUGAUAAACCAAAUACUUCUUUUCGGAGUAGUUCUUUAGGAGCACAAAUUCUAGACAUGUAUAGUAAUACUGUUUGUUCAGCUUGGCGAAGUCAAUGUUUUCGACGUGUAUGCGAAAAAGCACUUGAAGGUCCUCCUCCAGGACCAUUGCCAACAUCUAGUCAUUCAACUUCAUCAUCAAAUCCAUCUUUAAAUUGUAGUCAAGUUCAUAGUAGUAAUAAUAAUAGUUGCAAUGGUAAUAAUAAUAAUAAUGCAAAGUCUACACCAAGUUAUCAACAACGUUCUGGUAUUGGAAAUGCUUAUCAGUGUACAAAUAAUGUAAAUUCUCAUCAAUCAUUGACAACACGACCGUAUUCAUUGUCGACUGGAGCUGCUACAACUGUAACAUUUGAUCAAGCCUCCUCUCCUACGUCAAAUUUGAGCUCACUACAACAUCACACACGUGUACAAGAAUGGCAUUAUUAUCUCCUGUCAAUUGUUGUAGAUGAUCUUAUUUCACAUGUUCGUACAUUCCCUUUACAAAUGCGAUGGAUCUAUUCUGAAUUACAGGCCCUAUAUCCUCCUAAUCAUAGCCAUGUGGUUGUCUGUAAUUUAGUAUUUCUCCGUGGUUUAUGCCCAGUCUUAUCAAGUUGGGGUAAAACAGGUCGAUCAGAUUCGCUUAGUGGAUCUACUCAUGGCCUUUUAUCCGGAUUUUGGACUUCUGGUGUUUCCAGUGAGCCUCAUUCUUCUGUGUCGAGUCCUUUUUGUUCUUCUUGGUCUUCCUAUCCCCAGUUGCAUUCUAGUGUGAAUUCACCCACUGUUCCGUCUCAUGCAUCUGAUCUGUGUAUGCCGCCUGACCGUGGUCUUCAAGAUUCUAAAAUAAAUUGUUUAGCAACUCUUGGUUGUACACUACAACAUCAUACACGUGUACAAGAAUGGCAUUAUUAUCUCCUGUCAAUUGUUGUAGAUGAUCUCAUUUCACAUGUUCGUACAUUCCCUUUACAAAUGCGAUGGAUCUAUUCUGAAUUGCAGGCCCUAUAUCCUCCUAAUCAUAGCCAUGUGGUUGUCUGUAAUUUAGUAUUUCUUCGUGGUUUAUGCCCAGUCUUAUCAAGUUGGGGUAAAACAGGUCGAUCAGAUUCACUUAGUGGAUCUACGCAUGGCCUUUUAUCCGGAUUUUGGACUUCUGGUGUUUCUAGUGAGCCUCAUUCUUCUGUCACGAGUCCUUUUUGUUCUUCUUGGUCUUCCUAUCCUCAGUUGCAUUCUAGCGUGAAUUCACCCACUGUUCCGUCUCAUGCAUCUGAUGCUUUGGUGAUUGUAGCCAAGACGUUAUUAGCUCUGGUUAAUUUACCACCAAAAAUACAAGCAGAUGGUCUGUUAUCAUCGGAGCAAUUUAUGAAUUUACGAACAAGACUGAUAAAAGAAUUUCGUCUACCCAUUACUUCGCCUCUUUCACCGAAUGAAAUUCGACAACUAGAACAAUUGCAUGAAACAGAAGCUCGUAAAGCUAGUUGUAAAUCACUUAGUCGUGAACUGGCUCAACUAGCAAAUUAUUUUCUAGAAGCCUUCAAUCCUAAACAUUCUACACAUCAUUCAAACCACAACAACAACAACAAUAAUUGUCCUACUCACAAUCCUCCUACUGAUCAACUGUCCAAUUCUUCAUCGUCUUCUCUGACAAGUAGUAACACUUCUGCAUCAACAGGAGUCAACAGUAGUUAUGAGCACAAGGCAACAGAUUAUUAUCCUAUUUCAUCAGCUUCACAUCUUUACGCCUCAUUAAUUGAUCUUGCUGAGAAAACACAUCAAUUUGUACAGUCGAAUUAA